AUGGCGUCAGAGUCCCAGAAAUUCCCUGUUGCUCCCAGCGAGGCCAGGCGUUUCGUAGAGGAUGUCCUUAAAGGAAACGGCGUGCCGCCAGAGAAUGCAGCCAUCAUCGCCAAGUGCCUCAUCGCAGCCGAUCUGCGCGGCGUGGACACUCACGGCAUGAACCGCAUCCCCUCUUACAUGCAACGCAUCCGCCAAGGAGCCCUUGACCCCGCCGCUCAGCCAGUCGUCACUCAAGUGACGCCCGUGGUAACACAAAUUGACGGGAAAAAUGGGUUUGGCUUCGUGUCGGCGUAUAAAGGCAUGGCUGCCGCCAUCGAGAGUGCCAAGACCUAUGGCAUUGGCAUGACCAGCAUCAAGGGGAGCAAUCACUACGGCAUGAGUGCUUGGAUCGUGCAGCAGGCGAUUGAUGCGAACAUGAUGAGUCUGGUAUUCACCAACUCAAGCCCUGCUCUCCCCGCUUUCGGGGGCAAGAGCAAGCUCAUAGGUGUAUCACCGAUUGCUUGUGGCGCGCCAGGCAAGACACCCGAAACAAGUUUCAUCCUGGACAUGGCGCCCUCGGUGGCGGCCCGUGGGAAGAUCUACAAGGCCAAGAGACGUGGAGAGAAGAUUCCUUUGGACUGGGCGCUGGACGCCGAAGGCCGGCCCACAGAUGACCCGGAGGCGGCGCUGGGAGGUGUGAUGCUGCCCAUGGGAGGUCCCAAGGGCUCGGCACUGGCUAUCAUGAUGGAUGUAUUCUCAGGUGUGCUUUCUGGGUCGGCCUUUGCUGGUCAUGUCACUGGCCCGUACGACCCAUCGAAGCCGGCGGACGUUGGGCAUUUUCUUGUGGCCAUCAAGCCGGAUCUGUUCAUGGGCCUAGAUGAGUUCAGAGACCGGAUCCAAUACCUGUACGACCGCGUGGUGGGAUCAGAAAAGGCCGCUGGGGUGGAGAGGAUCUAUUUCCCGGGCGAGAUUGAGCAGCUGACGAAAAAAGAGAGGGAAGUGAGUGGCAUCCCGUUGGUGCAGGCUGAAAUCGAUGCACUGAAUGAGGAGGCGAAGAAGGUGUCUGCUGCAUUGUUGGCGACGGCACAGUGA